GCUGUCAUUUUAGGAGGAACCUUAGUGUCGAUGGCACAGUCAUUACUGGGCACAUUGUUCCUUUACGGAAACCCUGUAAGCGCUUCCCUCUGCCCCUGCCUAGAAAAUGUGCCAGAGGAGCUCCGAGAGCCGUUCUACACGGACCAGUACGACCAGGAGCACAUCAAGCCGGCCGUCGUGCACCUGCUGCUGUCGGCCGAGCUGUACUGCCGGGCGGGCAGCCUCAUCCUCAAGAGCGACGCCGCCAAGCCGCUGGUGGGCCACGACGCCGUGGUGCAGGCCUUGGCGCAGAAGGGGCUCUACGUCACCGACCAGGAGCGGCUGGUGACCGAGCGGGACCUGCAGAGGAAGCCCAUCUGGAUGAGCGCCCACCUGGCGAUGAUAGACACCCUGAUGAUGGCCUACACGGCGGAGAUGGUCAGCGUGGAGAAGGUCAUCGCGUGCGCCCAGCGGUACUCCGCCUUCUUUCAGGCCACCGACCUGCCCUACGACAUCGAGGACGCCGUCAUGUACUGGAUAAAUAAGGUGAACGAACACCUGAAGGACAUUCUGGAGCAAGAGCAGAAACUGAAGGAGCAUCACACAGUGGAAGCCCCAGGAGGUCAAAAGUCUCCUUCCAAGUGGUUUUGGAAACUGGUGCCCGGCUGGUCUCUCAGGACCAAGGUUGGGGUCAGCCCACUCACAGUGCCUGGCAGCCUUCACGCCUCUGGUGAAUGUGGUACUCUGCUGACGUGUGUUUCCAAAUCAACCCCAAGUCAUCACCUUGCUCUCUUCCUGUUUGAAGAUAUUUGUUUGAAAGAAACCAUGUCUUUGGCUGACAGCCUGUACAACCUGCAGCUGGUCCAGGAGUUCUGCCAGGAGCACCUGACGCAGUGCUGCCACUUCUCGCUGGAGGACAUGCUCUACGCCGCCGCCUCCAUCAAGAGCAACUACCUGGUGUUCAUGGCCGAGCUCUUCUGGUGGUUUGAGGUGGUGAAGCCGUCCUUCGUCCAGCCCCGCGUCCUUCGUGCACAGGGAGCGGAGCCUGCAGUGCGGGCCCCGGACGCCCGCGUGAGCACCGUGGACAGCUCCCAGGGCCCCGCCAGCGCGGAAGGAGAUGCGUUCCUGCACCCUCAUCACUUGCCUUCCAGACACUCACGCCCCCAACCUCCUUCUUCAGCCUCAGGGGGAAUCAGAAGGUCUUCAUCUAUGUCUUACGUUGAUGGCUUCAUAGGGACAUGGCCCAAGGAGAAAAGAUCGUCGGUGCACGGAGUGUCAUUCGAUAUUUCUUUCGAUAAAGAAAACACAGUGCCGAGAGGCGCCCCGAACCGAGGCCUCCCCCGCUCCGUCAGCAACGAAGGCCUUUCUCUGAACAACAACCGAGCGUCCAAAACCACGAAGAAGAGCCUGUCCUUCCAGCCCGUCAACGGGGAGGGGGCGGCCGGCAGCAUCGAGGAGGAGCUGAGCACAGACCCCCCAGGCUUCCCCACCUACGUGCCCCACCCCCCGCACAAGCUCAGCUCCAGCGAGAACACCCGCUACCAGCUCCCCAACGGAGCCCUGCAGCCCGGGCUGCUCCUGGACGAGCUGGGCAACCAGGUGGAGACGCCGAGCAUCGAGGAGGCGCUGCAGAUCAUCCACGACACGGAGCAGCGCCCCCUCGCGCCCCCGCCCGGCCACGUGGCCAAUGGCUUCUUCCUGCACAGCCGGGACCUGAGCCCCCUGAACGCCAACCUGCAGCUGCGCCCGCCCAGCCCUGACCGCCUGACCGACACCAAAGGUGCCUUGAGCCCCGUGACCGACGACACCGAGGUGGACACCGGCAUCCACGUGCCGUCGGAGGACCUCCCGGGCACGGUGGACGAGGACUCCUCGCUGCGGGACUACACCGUCAGCCUGGACUCCGACAUGGACGAUGCCACGCGCGAGGCCCCGAGCCCCUGCCCCAGCACCGUGAGCACCCGCUCCCAGCCCGCCAGCAGCGCCUCCUCCAGCUCCGGCGUCAAGAUGACCAUGCUCACGGUCACGGUGCACACGGCCACGGUGCACACGGCCACGGUGCACACGGUCACGGUGCACACGGUCACGGUGCACACGGUCACGGUGUUCACGGUCACGAUGCACACGGUCACGGUGCACACGGUCACGAUGCACACGGUCACGGUGCACAUCUGGAGAUUGACGUUGAGAACAUUGCUACCUAACGCCUCUCCCUGUUUUCAACGAAACGUGUUCCAGGACGACCAGAAGGCAGAGGACGACAUGGCGCUGAAGCGGGCGGCGCUGCUGGAGAAGCGGCUGCGGCGGGAGAAGGAGACGCAGCUCCGCAAGCAGCAGCUGGAGGCAGAGAUGGAGCACAAGAAGGAGGAGACGAGGCGGAAGACGGAGGAGGAGCGUCAGAGGAAGGAGGACGAGCGGGCGCGCAGGGAGUUCAUCCGCCAGGAGUACCUGAGGCGCAAGCAGCUGAAGCUCAUGGAGGACAUGGACACGCUGAUCAAGCCGCGGCCGCCCGCCGCCAAGCAGAAGAAGCAGCGCCCCAAGUCCAUGCACCGAGACCACGUGGAGCCCCCCAAGACCCCCACCCAGGGCCCUCCAGUCUCCAGCCUCUCCCUGGCGUCACUGACCACAGGCGACAGCGAGAGCGUGCAGUCCGGCAAGAGGACACCCAGGUCGGAGUCCGUGGAGGGCUUCUUGUCCCCGAGCCGCUGCGGCAGCCGGAACGGAGAGAAGGACUGGGAGAACGCGUCCACCACGUCCUCGGUGGCCUCGGGGACAGAGUACACAGGACCAAAGCUGUACAAGGAGCCCAGCGCCAAGUCCAACAAGCACAUCAUCCAGAACGCGCUGGCGCACUGCUGCCUGGCGGGCAAGGUGAACGAGGGCCAGAAGAAGCGGAUCCUCGAGGAAAUGGAGAAGUCGGAUGCCAACAACUUCCUGAUCCUGUUCCGGGACUCGGGCUGCCAGUUCCGGUCUCUGUACACGUACUGUCCGGAGACGGAGGACAUCGCCAAGCUGACCGGGAUCGGCCCCAAGUCCAUCAGCAAGAAGAUGAUCGAGGGCCUUUACAAGUACAACUCCGACAGGAAGCAGUUCAGCCACAUUCCCGCGAAGACGCUGUCGGCCAGCGUGGACGCCAUCACCAUCCACAGCCACCUGUGGCAGAGCAAGCGGCCCGUGACGCCCAAGAAGCUGCUGCCCACGAAGGCGUAGGGUCGGGGUUCGCUCCGGGACGUUCGUAGCACGGAGCCGGC